ACCAAAGCAAACCUCAGCAGCUGUUUUAGUGUUUACGUUGUUUAAUUAAUAUACCACACCGUUUGUGUAAAUUUAGGAUUUUUUAAGGGACUAAAGAGCGGAUUUUUUUUGCACUGCAGCCUCUUAAAGGAGAUGAAGAUGAUAGCAAAUUAGCUAAACAACCGGAUUUUAUGUUUAUAUUUUAAUUUAAAGUUGUUUUUUUUUUUUUUAAUUUUGUUCACGUUUUAGUGUUUUUUAAUUGUUUCGAGUUACAAUGAAGGGCUUUCAUUCUGCUUUGUCGAGCCGGAGGAGGCGGAGGAGCAGCGGGGCGGCCGGGCUGCUGUACCCGCUGCUCGGUGCGUGUCUCUGGGCUGCGGUGGUCGGAUACAAGCCGGUGAUCAUCGUGCACGGUUUGUUCGACAGCUCAGGGGAUUUUAAAAACCUACAGCGGUUCAUCAACCAGUCUCAUCCUGGAACAAAUAUCACAAUCAUCGACUUGUUUGACAGAAGUGCCAGCCUGCAGCCCAUGUGGAAGCAGGUCGAGGGAUUCAAGGCAGCUAUCUACCCAAUAAUGCAAAACGCAGAAGACGGGGUCCAUUUUAUCUGCUACUCUCAAG